GUCAGCAUUCUUUCUGUACAGUCAAGAUGAAAGGGCUGGGGUCAGAGGUAAACAUCCCGAUUGGAAUGUCGCAUUGGUUGCCAAAGAGCUUGCUGAUAUGUGGAAGAAGAUAACGCCAGCACAAAAGGCAGUUUAUGAAAAAUCGGCAGCAAAGGAAAAAGAAAGAUAUUUAAAGCAAAUGGAGGCAUACAAGAAAAGUUUAAAAUCACCAGGACAACAGAAGAUGCAGCAACAGCAGAAGGCUCCAAAGGGUGCCAAGAAGCAAAAGAAAGAGGAGUCAAGUUCAGAUGAUGAGGAUGAAUCGUCGUCCAGUGAAGAAGCGUCAAGUUCAGAGGAGAGUGAUGAGGAGUAAGAAGCAUGAAUUUGAUAACAAGGUUCAUGUCAUAGGGCGACGCCCGUGCCUUGGAUUCUCGCCGCUUAUUGGAGAGUUCUUAUUCCUGAACAUAAGCUUGCAUAUUUCAUGUGGAUUUCCCUUGUAUUUUUAUGUACAUACAAAUUGCAUGACAAAAGUAAAAAAAAAAGACAUGCAAAAUAAGUGUUAGGUGGCUGGAUGUGCACACGAUAGCUUCCUGUAGUUUUAUCCACCUGAACAUUUUAAGUACAUGUUAGGUGGCAGCCGUGCACUUAUUGUUAGGUGGCUAGCCACGCCCACUUGUUAAUAGCUUUGGCUGACAGUGCAGGCUCAUAAAUAGCUUUCUGUAGUUUUAUCCACCUAAACAUUUUACAGUUAAAAAAAAA